AUGGCAGAAGGUUCCAAGUUCUCACUGAGGUUAGGAUCAAAAGCGCUAGAACCUCCUUCUCAUCGCCCUCAUGAACAUGUCGAUCAUUCCAACGGCACCAAGCGGCCACAUGCAGCGCUAGAUGACUCGGACAAUGAAGAGGACACAGGAAGCAAGCAUCAGAGUAUUACACACUUUGACAAAUCUGUGGGUGGUGCUUUUCAUUCGGAGAGCACGAUAACCGCAAAGAAGCCAUUGGUAAUACCGGUGGCAGAGAGCAGUAGCGGUAGAAAGAGACAAAAGAGCAGCCUUCCCUCACAGAGUGCGGAGGCUGCUGAAGCAGCAGAAGCAGAAGCGAAGGCAAAUGCUGCGCCUGUUUCAUUUGGCUUGAAUCUCAUGAAAGCAAAAGAGCACAAGGAUGAUGCGAGUACGAUAAUCGUACAGGCCAAUGACACUCCUACACGAUCCGAACCCGCGGAGACGACAGUGGAUGAGGAGGCGCUACAAGCUCUACUUGGCCAGAAGAAAAAUUCGAAUACCAUAAUCCCUACUCUCAUCGAUGAAGAGGUUUUCCAGCGCGACUACGAAAAUGCCCCUGAUGCGCCUACCGAGUCCGACUAUGACGCAGUUCCUAUCGAUGAGUUUGGUGCAGCCAUGCUACGCGGAAUGGGAUGGAAGGAUGGCGAAGCUAUUGGAAGAAAUAAGGGUCAGGCCCCUCCAAAACAGCGUACACUCGAAAGGCGACCUGAACUGCUUGGCGUUGGGGCAAAGCCAGCAAAUGCUCUUGGUAUAGAGCUAGGAGAGUGGGGCAAGCAAGCAAAGAAGCAUGAGAGGAAACUAGACCAGGCUUACGCACCAGUUAUGUUAAAAAAUAAAAUGACUGGGGAGAUGAUAACUGAGGAGGAAUUUCAACGAAGGCUGAAAGAGCAGGAAAUGAGUUUUGCUGACGAUGAGGAGGAAGAAGACAGGAAAGGAAAGGAAGCAGAAAAGGAGAGAAAGCGGAAACGUGAAAAGGACCUUGAUCGGGAUCCCAAUGACCGCCAGCACAGAUCUUCACGUCGUGAUAGAAGUAGUUCUUACGACAAUCAUAGGAGACGAAGAUAUGAAGAUGAUAACGUAUCUGACAGGAGUAAAUACGAACGUCGGCGAGACAGGGAGCGACGAAGACGCGAUAUAAGCAUGAGCCGAGAAAGAGAUCACUCGCGCAAGGAGAGAAAUUACUGGGAUAGAGAAUACGAGCCACGCCACAGAAAUGACGACCGUUACUAUGAGAAAGAAAAAUCUAUCCAUGACAGGUCAACGCGUAAUAUACGAUGGUAA